AGACGGGAAUUUGGAACGCAGGCACAACGUUGGUAGUAUCUUCAAGUUCCCAUUGCCAGGAGGCCGUAAAGUUGAAGCCGUUUGCUAAGAACUGCCUAGAAAUGGCCACUUCCGACGUGGUAAUAGAAGCAGACAGCGGAUUCGUGCGCAACAUACGGUCUCCUGGCUCAUCAGAUCUCAUCAUAAAGGUUAACGGAAAAGACAUGGACAGAUAUGACGAGGAACGGGAAGAGAUGGUUGGCGAAGGCUUGUUCUCUUUCGAUGAAGAUAUGGUGCCGGAAAAAGAAACGGGUAAUUUAAGUGAGGGAUCUGCAAUGUUCGAUCUGUUUUACGAUAUUCAGUCCGACGAUUCUGGUAAUUUUGAUAUGUCUCAAGCGCAUUUGACUCUUAGUGGAGACGGUGCUAAUAUGAUUGCUAGAACAAGACAGCCUGAAAAUUCAUGGGUUGAGGAGAAAGAUUUGCAUACAAGUUCAGUAGAGAUUGAAGACAGAGAAUCGGAACCGAUCAGAAAAACGGGAUCUUUAUCAUACGGCUGCUCGCUUCCAAUAACGAUUCCUUCAGGUCGUUUUUGGCCGCCACGGGAUGCCACUGAGACUAUUGAAGACAGAGAGAUUCUUGAUUUCGGUGAGAAUCGUGAACUGAUUGACAAAACUAUUUUGCCUCAGCGCCCUCCAAAGGAUCUCUAUAGCGAGAUACGUGCCCAGGCUCGUUCAGUUCAGGCGGUUGACGAUCCAGAGCGUUUAUUUGGUGAACGUCCGUCACGACGUCGUUACCAGACCGGUCAGAGAUGGUUCACAUCUCAGGUGACUGCACCGCUGCAGACAAGCUGUGAAGGUGCUUCUGUUACGAUUGAUGCUGACGUGAAAGAACAAAUGUGGUAUUAAUUCAUAGCCCUCCGUAGUUCAUUUUUUAUUCUCUGUGCUAAAUGUUUAAUGUUACUAAUCCGUUGCAUUGUUUGUGAAGUGUUGAAGUAACUAAUUUUAGUUAUUU